CUCUCCUAUUAAUUUUUAAUUUGUUUUUUUUUCUACAAUUUCAUAAGCUCAUAAUGGAUUUGACAUUGGAACAACAUGAGGCACUCUUGAAAAUGACAGAAGAAGAACAAAAAGCUAUCCUUGAUGCCACACCCAAAGCAGCUCUCGUCGAGGACUUUCAAGAGAAUAUACGAUCAAGGAAACAAGGCAGGAGUAUAAGGGCAUUGACGACAGCUCUGUCCAUGAGUAGAGCCGAACGCGAAGUAGCACUAAAACAAAAGAAGCAAGCCUUUAAAGAGAAAACAGAAAACGACGAUGAAUCCUUUGACCCGUUGAUGGACUAUAUUGAAUAUGCAGAAUGGCUAGUUGAAAUGACGCCUGACGGUUAUGGUAGUAAUGACCUCGAGACACUUUUACACGACGCGACCAAUCGUUUUGCAAAAGAACCACGUUACAAAAACGAUGUUAGAUAUUUAAAGCUGUGCAUUGAGUAUUCAAAGUGGGUGGAGGAGCCGCUAGAGAUCUUUUCUUUUCUUGUCAGGAAUAAAAUUGGGUGUGAUUCAGGUGAGUUUUACCAUGAAUACGCAUCACACCUAGAAAGUCUGGACAGGCAUGAAGACGCCAUCAAGGUUUAUCAAUCAGGCAUAGGAAGAAACGUGCGUGGUGCCAAAAAAUUAAAAAAGAACCUCGAGAGUCUGAUAUUAAGAGUGGAUCAGAGAAUAGCGCGAGGAAUAAUUAGUAGAGAAAGUGAUGCAAAGAAACAAAUGAAUUUGUUGAAGCAACAAGGUCGGUCAAUGCUUGGACAUAAAUCUGACAGCCGUUCAAGGUAUUCAGUGCCAGCCAACGUACGGGCAGGUAUACAGGCUGCUCAUGGAUCACCUUCAACUACUCGAAUGUCAUUUGGAAAUGAUGGUCCUAGUACCUCAAAAUCAGAGUCUUCAUUUACAGUAUUUAGGGAUGAACCAUCUAGUAGUUCAUCACUAACUACACCACCACCACCAUCUUUAUCUAGAAAUGAUCCAACAGGUCAUAUAUUUAAGCCAACUCGUUCAAAAAUUGAUAGGGCUGAGAAUAGGCGUACAGCGGCAGACUUUGUAGGCGUCACUAUACCACAGGCAGAGAGGAAAGAGCCAGUACAUCAACCUUUUGUUAUAUUUAGAGAUGAUAUGGAGCCGGAACCAAAAAAGAGACCCCCAAGGCAGCACUCUGGCAUCAAUCCGGAUUCAUCGUCAGACGAUCUCACAAUAAUUGAAGGAUCAGUAUUAGCUCACGGUGUGAAUUCUCAAACACGCUUAAAUGUCGAGAAAGAACAUCGAAAAAGACUGGAGAAGCAUUUCAAACAAAACGAACAAAUAUAUUUCGAAUCACAUAACACAAAAGGUCAAAUGGAAAUUAUUGCGGUAUCAAAAGCAACACAUAGCCUAGCCUGUUUCGAGGAGGAUAGGAUACAUUAUCAGGGGAUUAAAUACGAGAAACCAAAGGAUGUUCCAGGGGAUGGAUUUGAAUUGUUUAAGAAACAACGAAAUUUCGAGAUGCCAGAUAUAGGUUAUACUACAGAAACAAGAAACGCCAGGGAACUUGUAAAUCAACAGUUAUUUGGGCAGAAUCCAGGUUAUCCCGAUGAUGAAGAUGUGACAUGGACAAGCCCGUUUGAACGUGUUCCUAUUAAAAGAAAGCAUACCAUUAAUGAGAACGAGUAAAUUAGCAGUUGUGAAGUCCGCUAAAUUCCACCCAGUUUAAAAAAAAAAAGGGGCGACUUGAAUACCACGUUCCUAUUUCCUUUUCCUUUCCUUGUUU